GGCAAUGGCAACGUAGGAUACUCGCCUAACGUGAGCGGUGUCCAAACGGUGAGGCCUCCUACUAACGUUGUAUAUAUCCGUUCCGGCCCAACGGAGGCUACAACAUGCCGAAUGGAGGUAACGGCUCCGUGAACGGCGUGAUGGUGGAUGGUCGUUACGUAAGGCAAGCCUGGCCUGUGAGUGCGACCAACAAAGUCGUGAAUGGGGUGAAGAAACAAAAGAGGAACCGGACUGCCUUCACAAGCCACCAGAUGGUGGAGCUCGAGCAGGAGUACGCGAGGGCCCGUUACCUAGACCGUACUCGAAGAAUCGAGCUAUCCACCAUACUAGGCUUAAAUCAGCGGACGGUCAAGAUCUGGUUCCAGAACAGGCGCAUGAAGGAGAAAAAAGACCGUCUUGAAGAAGUGGCAGAUUGUGAUCUGCCACCUGCAAAUAUGGGCGACCUGCCCAUAUAUGUUCAAGACGGUCAGCAGUGCGUUCCAAUGGGCAUCGGAAACGGCCAUUUUAAUCCGGUAUUGUGUGCAGAGAUGCCGAUGCCGUCGGUGCCGAUGCCAUCGGUGUCAAUGCCAUCGAUGUCGAUGCCAUCGGUGCCGAUGCCAUCGGUGUCAAUGUCAUCAGUGCCGAUGCCAUCGGUGUCGAUGCCAUCUAUGUCGAUGCCAUCAAUUCCGAUGCCGCCAAUGGCGAUGCCUCAAAUGCUGCCUCAUGCGCCUACGUCUCCAUGCCUUGAGAUGCCAUACGUACCAGGAAACGCUAUUCAGGUCAAUGGCGUUCAAGCCCAACAACUACAGGAUCCGGCUCCAGCGAGUGCGGGCACAGAAAACGCUGCUGGAGCUAAUAAUACCGAAGAAAAUUGGGACCUGUCUUGGAUCCGCAGCAUCAACAUCAGUGAUGAUUUGGAACAGUGAAAGUAGUUCCUGAUCUGCUGCGGAUCAUAAAUAGGCGUAAAUGGUUCAUCUCAAGGCAGCUCCAGGUGGUUUAUUACGGCAUUCACGACUGUGGAACAAUUAUUCAGAGAGUGAAGAAGACGCUUCAGUGCUCACGCACCAAGCCACGGGAGAAGACAGAUUACAAGUCCUGGAACCAGUCAUAAAACCACCUGGAGAUAUCACGCCAUUCACGACUUUGCCAAGUAACACGGAGAAAACACUGAGUGAGGACACUGAAACAGAUUUUAAAUCCUGUAAAGUCAUCUGGAAAUGUGUCAAAUUGUGUUUCGCGUAAGCGAAGAAUAUAAAAAAAAGUAACCAAAAAUUAUACAAUAUUUCAAUGAUGUUACCUAUGUCAAAAUGUUUUAAAUUUAUUUUAAAAUUGCAUUGUUAUACUUACUGAUAAAAUUAUGUUCUUAAUUGUUAUUAUUUUAAUUUAAAUCAGAAUCAUUUUUAUAAUUUGUGAUA